ACUUCACCAUUUGUUUUUUACCUAGUGUUCACAUAACGAAGGAAAAUGUUUUUUAAACGUUAAAAUACCUUAAUGGGAUGUUGCGAGCGUUCUUAAUUAGCACAUAUUUUUGUGAGUUGGGAUGUGGUGGCAUUCUUGGAGAGCAUUUUAACUGGAUAAACAUCUAUAUAUUGCAAAAUGAGUCAUAUGAACAUAAAAAUCACACAACUCUCUUUUUGAGUUCUCUAUUACCUCUAGGUAAUUAGGUUUUUCAAAUUGUUUAGCCUAUAUCUCGCGACACGAGAACUCGCGAGUGAUGCAGCGUCAGUUAUAUUUGGGGACGAUUUUAGACUCAUGCAAAAAUGAAACCACUCGAUAGUUUAAAUAUGUGAGUUUUAAAUAUGGUUUUAUGUUCAGUUAUGGAUAAAACAAUGGCCAUCAGAUGUUCGACCUCUCAGAGAGAGAGAGGAAAAUAGAGAUUUGGCGCCCUCUUCUGAUAAAAUUAGAGAACGUCAAAGACUAAUCUGAGGUAGCCUAGUUGAAAGGUAAAAUAAUAUUUCUGUAAAACUAGGAGUUGAGCCUUCAGGAUUCAACCAGUGUUUAUUAGGUUUUUUACUUGUUUUCUGAAAAUACAAAAAUAUCGGUUUCAUAUUUAUGUUGUCUUUAUGAUUCGUUUGUCUGCGUUCUUUACGGCGUGAACCCACGCACAGGCAAAACGAUUCAUGUCUUGUGUUUUAUUGGGGCUAGUUACUGUUUAACAUCUCCACCCAACUUUCAGUUUGUUUAGUAAAUCGAUCUAAUGAGGCUCCCCCAACACCACCAUAAGUAUUGUUCAAUGUGAGGCUUUUGACAUGUUAAACACUUUAUUUGCUCUCUAUAACAGCCUAAAUAUCAUAUUUAUUAACAUAAAAUUUUGACAUGUUCGUUUGGGUUUUGGUGGAUUAAUGCAAAUCGUCGUUGGACGUGGAGAAGAAAACAUGCCGACAGAGCCCAACAUCAGUCAAGGAGAAAAUGGCGUGAGCUCCAACUGCGCAAUCUGUGGCGAUAAAGCCACAGGUAAACAUUAUGGCGCCUCCAGCUGUGAUGGCUGCAAAGGCUUCUUCCGCAGGAGCAUCAGGAAGAGUCAUGUCUACUCCUGCAGGUUUAAUCGUCAAUGUGUUGUUGAUAAAGACAAAAGGAACCAGUGCCGUUUCUGCAGACUUCACAAAUGCUUUCGAGCUGGAAUGAAGAAAGAAGCUGUGCAAAAUGAGCGGGACCGUAUCAGCUCGAGGAGGACCAUACAAGACUCACAUGACCUGCCGCCAAUCACAGCCCUGGCUCACGCUGAAGCUCUCUCGCAGCAGCAGAUCAACACUGCCAGCCCAAUGGGCCCUGCUGAUGUUUCAGAGAAAAAAUCAGCCACUAUCAGUGACGUCUGUGAAUCUAUGAAGCAACAGCUGCUUGUUCUGGUAGAGUGGGCUAAAUACAUCCCAGCCUUCGGUGAAUUGCCACUUGAUGACCAGGUUAGUUUAUUACGAGCUCAUGCCGGAGAGCAUCUUCUGCUUGGUGUGGCUAAAAGGUCAAUGCCAUACAAAGAUCUCUUGCUUUUAGGAAAUGGCUGCAUUGUCCAUCGAAACUGCCCUGAGCCGGAAAUAGGUCGCGUAUCUAAUCGAGUCUUGGAUGAACUGGUUGUUCCCUUCCAGGACAUCCAAAUUGACGACAAUGAAUACGCAGCUCUAAAGGCCAUUGUGUUCUUUGACCCUGACGCCAAAAGCUUAAGAGAUCCUUCUAAGAUCAAGGCGAUGCGCUAUCAGGUUCAAAUGAGUCUGGAAGACUACAUUAAUGACCGGCAGUAUGACUCACGCGGGCGAUUCGGGGAGCUUUUGCUGCUUCUUCCUACUCUGCAAAGCAUCACCUGGCAGAUGAUCGAGCAGCUACAGUUUAUCAAGCUUUUCGGUCUUGCCAAGAUAGAUAACCUGCUGCAGGAGAUGCUUCUUGGGGGUCUAACCACGGAGCAACCUCAUUUACAUCACAAUGGUCACCCUCAGAUUCCAAUAAUGGGACAGACCAUAGUCAUUAGCUCCAUCCCAGGACCUGCACACUCACAGCAGAUGGCAUCCCCAGAUACCCCCAUUCCAUCUCCCACUUCAGUACAGAACCAGGAGGCCUACAAGCCCCCUGGCAGCCCAGCUCUCCUGCUCCCACCACAGCCCAUGCCAAACAGACCUUCUCCCGAGCCUCCCCUUUGAGCCUCCUCUCUGCCGCAGGCCCUGUGUGUUUGUAUAUGUGUAAACUGUGUGAGUUACGCCCUUCCCCACCUCCAGCGCAACAUAUUUAUCUGAUCGAAAGGGAACUUUACAAAAAAUUCAAAAUUCAUUGUCUAAGUGGAUCACCACUAAUUGAAAAAGGUAUUUCAUCAAAAAUGUAUUUCUCAUUGUAUCGGCCUACCGCUGGUAACCUAGUAAAUGUAGACAAUAUUCAUUUUUAUUAACAAAUUAUUGUCAGUUACAAGAGACUUAUCAACAUUUUUUGUAUUAACAAAAAGUCAAGAUUUAAUUUAUUAACAAAAUUAUACUAUGCAACUCUAAAGAAAUGUUAAUUUUUGCUUGAAAAUGUGCCCUUAAACAAAAUAAAUGCUCUUAGUGCCUGA